AUGACGUCCGUCUACCGUGAUCCCGUCUCGCAGCUGGCCAUCGUGCCACCGGAGGCGAUGGAGCGUGAGGCUCGCGACGCCCUUCACCGCCUGUUGUCGCUCUCAUUGAACGCCAAUGGAGUUAUCCCCGUCAUUGUUUACUACGCACACGUCACACGACGCACGCGGCGCGGCAAAAGUAUUCCAUGUUACCUGCUUCUUUCGCGCAGCCACUGGUACAUCUUCAAGCCUCGCGGGAAGAUUUCACGCUGUUGUCGCAUCGAUUGCAUCGCCAAAGUGAUCAUCUGCCGUGACAAUUAUGUUGUCUGGAAGAUCUUGGAGGGUCGAGAUGUUGUGAUGCGCUUAGGUGACGCUAAAGAGAUGGCCUUUGUAACAAACAUCUUGCGCAUCCUCAGCGUCUCUGUUGCUGGUCGUCAUCUUCUUGUGGUGGAGAAUAACGGGGAGGACCACACGAAGCUCCAUGGGGCGGACAAGCCACGGCUUGAGCGAACGGGACAUGAAGAGGGUGAGUGGCCGCUGCCUGUCGUAUCAGCUGUUGAGGCACAGCAGCAGUGCACCGUGGAGAACUUCUUGAUGAUGAUGCCACCACCACCGUCGUCACAGCCGUCGCAGUCAAGGUCGGAGUUGGACGCGGAGGGCACACGGCGGAAUUCACGUGUAGACGCCAUCAUAAGUUACAUGGACGGCCACGUGGAGAUUCCCCCCGUGCCUGUUGCUCCGGAGGCCGUUGUCGCUCACGCCGGUGAAAGUUAUUCUAACGCGGGCUUUCCCGACGCGCGGCAGGCGGAGGCCGUGAUUCCGCCGUCUGUGAACUCACCGACAGCUCCCUCCACGGCGGUUUCUUCAACGAUACGACGUAUCCAGCCGGUGUCGAACGGCAACACGGAAAAGCAGCAGCUGAUUUCACCCUCGCCACACGACUCAUCCGGGGAAUUCAUGCAGGAGGCUGUUGCGUCACGCCCUCCACCACCAGCCCUGCCGCCACCUUUCAUACACCUGCUGGAUACAGAAGGUGGUGGCAGCCCGGAAGUACGGUUGGCAUUAGAGAAGCUGCGCGAUAUGGAGAGUCGCGUCACCUCCUUGGAGCGUGAGAAUGCAUCGCUGCGACGAUCUCGGGCACACGGUGACCUGGAGUCUCAGCCCCCGCAACGAAUCCUCAAGGAGGCAAACGACCCUCUCCGAACGCCAUCCCCGCUGCCUUCAAGCUCUUUUAUCCGUCUGGCCCCACCGCCUCGCAUUUCAUCGCAACAGGAAAAUUUCAGUGCAAGUGCCGCCGAUUUUGAGCGGUGCGUUGCAGCUAAGACAGUUGAGGAACGUCUUUUGCUGCGUGGCUAUGAGAUAGAGCUCAAACUCCAGCAGGUGUCGUCGUACAUGCAAGCCGCCGAUGCGCAGCACCUGACGCACGUGACUAGCCUGCAGGAAGACUUGUUGCUCCUUCUGCGGGCACAGCGGGCUGACGAAGAGCUGGGAAUGACAAAACGGAAAGGACCCAACAGCGUUGAUAUUGCGAGACCCAAGGCCCAAACAACAAGCCGCGAUUUGCUGGACGAGGAUGACAAUGUUGAUCACGAGGAAAAAGAAGAAGAGGGUGUUGGGCUAGACGAUUACGAUGUGUGGGCGGCGACGGAUGAAGGGAAAGAAUGGUACAACGAUUACUUUGGCGAGCAUCUAGCCGCAUGCAGGGGGAAAAUGGUACGGAACGCCUUUAGACAUAAUAAAACAUAUUUGUGA